AUGCCAGGUGUUGCUUCCAGCAACACAGCACGGCCGACAGCCAUCACUGCCAGAGCAGCAGCAAAGCCUGCUACAUACCGGGCAGUGCGGGCAGGGCGCCCUGUGUGGUCCGAAACGGUGGAAGGGCAGAGAAUGGGAGCAGUGGAAUGGGGAAUGCGGAGCAGUGGAGUGGGGAAUGGGAGCAGUGGAGUGGGGACUGAGGGCCGUGGAAUGGGGAAUGGGAGCAGUGGAGUGGGAAUGCGGAGCAGUGGAGCGGGGAAUGGGAGCAGUGGAGUGGGGAAUGAGGGCAGUGGAAUGGGGAAUGGGAGCUGUGGAGUGGGGAAUGAGAGCAGUGGAAUGGGGAAGGCAGUGGAGCGGGGAAUGAGGGCAGUGGAGUGGGGAAUGAGGGCAGUGGAGUGGGGAAUGAGGGCAGUGGAGUGGGGAAGGCAGUGGAAUGGAGAAUGGGAGCUGUGGAGUGUGGAGUGGGAACCGUUGGAGUAG